AUGCGGAAACGACAGAACUCUGCCAUGCAGGCGUCAACCUUUCACCCUAGAAACAUCACCGCUGGGGCCAAGAGGCAGCGCCACACACGGCAGCCGCCAUCUGGAGACAGCAGGGCUGGGGAACCCGACACCCCAGGACUCUGCCUCCCGCGGAACAGCGCCCAGCCCCAGCAAGGUGCAGAGAGGCCUAUUGUCUUGCCACUGGAGUGGUUCCCCCUGAACAAGCCCAGCGCUGGUGAUUAUUUUCACAUGGCCUACAACAUCAUCACUCCCUUCCUGCUCCUCAAGCUAAUCGAGCGCAGCCCCAAGACCCUGCCGCACUCUGCCGUCUACCUGUGCAUCAUCACCUUCGUCAUGGGCGCCAGCAUCCACCUGGUGGGCGACUCCAUCAACCACCGGCUCAUCCUGAGUGGCUACCAGCUGCACCUGUCCGUCCGCGACAACCCCAUCAUCAAGAGCCUCAAGCCUGAGAGCCUGAUAGACUCCUUUGAACUGCUGUAUUACUAUGAUGAAAAUCUGGGACACUCCAUGUGCAGACACGCGUCCCGAGAAGCAGAGUCUUCGCUGAAGAAACCGCAGUUCCACCUUGACCUGUGGUUUUACUUCACCCUGCAGAACUGGGUUCUGGACUUCGGCAGGCCCAUCGUCAUGAUUGUCUUGCCACUGGAGUGGUUCCCCCUGAACAAGCCCAGCGCUGGUGAUUAUUUUCACAUGGCCUACAACAUCAUCACUCCCUUCCUGCUCCUCAAGUGUCGUGCUGCCCUUAGGUACCUGGUGACAGAGGGCCAGAUCUUCAUCCUCUACAUCUUCACCUUCUUCGCGAUGAUGGCCACGGUCAUGCACCAGAAACGCAAGGGGUUUGUGCUGGACAGCAACGGCCUCUUCCUCUUCUACAGCUUCUCCAUCACCCUGGCCUUGGUGGCGGUGUGGGUGGCCUGUCUGUGGAGUGACCAGACCCUGCGGAAGAAGUACCCAGGGGUGAUAUAUGUCCCCGAGCCCUGGGCCUUCUACACACUGCACAUCCAGGGCCAGCACUAGCUCUCAGGACUCGGAAAUAAAGGCAGACAGGAUGCCUUGGCUACAAAAAACGAAUUCCCUCUAUGCAAAGGAAAAAGAAGGCAUCCCUGGGGAGUGCCAAGGUCUUGACUUGGACCUGACAAGAUGGAUCUUUUUUAUCAUUCCAAGUAGGCUGCCCCAUCCCUCCAAGCCGAGGUGAUGGUGUCCUGUGCAGACCCUGCACAGUUCCCGUUCCUUAGCGAGUGCUCAGUGUGCGAAGACAGAACUGUGACAGCACUUGCUCUGGUUCAUAGAUAUCCCUGACAGACUUCGUCAGACAGUGUUAUAUAUUUGACCUUCCAAAAAAACUGGGCAUUUAUAAAGUGAGUGAGCAAAAACGUCCUAGCAUCCUGGAUGCAGAAGGUUGCAUCCUGAAAUUGAUUCAUCCUGGACGAUGAUGUGUGGAAGACAUCCAGAUGGGACCAUAGGGAGCUUACUCACUUGCACAAUAAUUGUGGACACAGUUAUGUUGCAUGUCUGCACAGUCAAGCCAUCACAGACAGAAAUGUAGACAUAUUGAGCUGACAGCAUGCUUUGGUGCGUAUGCUCUUGCCCAUGGAAACACAACCUGCAAGAUGUGUUCAUGUUUGUGUUUGUAGUUGUCCCAAAUUGCAGUGGUGCAAGGCUUUCAAGAUUCCAUUGCUUGAAUUGGGCAGUCACUGGUACUAUAAUAUGACACUGGUACUUCUAAUUAGAAAAAAAAAGUCAUCCACAUAAACUCAUUUGUUCAACAACUUAUUUUUUCUUAUUUGACUUGUGUGCUACAAAUUACUGUAGAUGUCUGCAGACUGCCAGCUUGCUAGUCACUGUCCAGCACUCCACACUGAUUUUUCCUGUGACCUUCCAGAGCCUGGGACACCGACUGGCAGCUGUGAUCACACAGAGCUGGUGCCCUUACCCACUGGACUAACACAGAUCUCCUGCUGAGUGUACUGUCCGGACUGUGUCAGGCCCGUACAGGCCACAGACAGACUCAUCCAAUCUCCUGUGAGGGACAGCUAUAAACCUUGCCUGUGGUUCUCCAGUAUAAGGCCUAUCCUGAUAGAGAGCAAGCCUAGAUGAGACAGGCUUGACUGGGCAGUGGCGGAGAAGUACUGUUGACUCUUCUCCGAAGACAGCACCACAUUGCAGCUACCUGGCGUAACCAGCAUGAUACAACCACACAAUCAGACCAGUCUGCUAAGCAGCUUUAAGAUGCAGGAUCUUUUCAAAGCUAGCGUUACACCUUUUACCCUAUAAUGAGUACACUGGCAUACAUAUACAGUAUGUGUGAAGUUUAGAUAAUACCAAGUACACUGCACCUGCUCUUCUGCACCAUUAGUAUGUGUUUUAUGAGAUUCAUAAAACCUGUGUUGUAAAACCUUUAGCGUUUUACCUGGUAGAAGGUAAAGGUGGCUUUUCCGGACAAGCUUUACACGAUUCACAAGUUUUGCCCUCAUAAUGUAAUGUUUCCUAGUUUUGUGGGUGAGUUUGCGAAUAAGGUCACACAACAGUGAACUGUCCACUUUCCAAGGGCUGGGUGAUUUUAGCUUUUUAAUGAUUUAUUUUAUGUCUAUGCCCGUGUUUGACCUGAUUUGCCUUCAUGUACAUCGUUUGUUUCUUCCCUGUUGGACGUGUACUGUUCUAACUAUAGCACUGAAUUCCUCGGAAAUCGGCUUAUUAAAAAUUAAAUUGACUUUUGUUUGUUAACAAAACAAAAAAAUAAAUCGAUGAGUGCUUACUGUUAA